AUGAGUGCCUCGUUCAUAGAAGGUGCAGCUGGUGACUCUAUCGAAAGCGCAGCACAAAGGGUCUCCAGCCAUAUCGAGCACACCAUCGACACCGCUGAUAUCUACAAUAAGUUGACGCAAAAUGGAACAUCGCCAGUUUCUGGCCUUGGGGACCGAUUUUACACGAAAGGAGGUCUAGAAUUCGUUUUGAAGCGACGUGUUCCAUUACCUGAAGAGCUCUCCUAUCAGAUUAGAAAUAUGCGAUCGCAAUUUAGUAUGGGGCUAUUUCCUGAAAUCACAAGGGCAUGGGUUGUUAUUGAUAGUGAUAUUUUUAUGUGGAACUAUGAAACCAACGACGAUCUUGCCUAUUUUGAUGCGGUUGAAAAUACGGUUUUGAAGAUAGCUUUAGCUCGCGUAAAGUCCGAUGUAUUUGCGACACAUAUAACGCACGGUUUGGUUGUGGGUACUGUAACGGAUCUUUCUCUUUACCCUGUCAUUAUGGAUGUCGAUCCAGUCACUGGGAAACCCGGCAUCGCUAUUGAUGCUAGCCACUUUUUCAAGAUUAAUCUUGACAGUGCGUCCUUGAAUGAUAUCGUUUCGACUAAUGAUGGCAGGAUAUUUUUCACUGCCGAUGAUAAGUUCACAAUAGCGGCUGGUUUGGAGGAGGUCGAAAAUGCCGUUGUGGUAUUUGAUCUUGGAGUGGACGGUACUCAGUGCAGCAGGGUGUGUGUCGUUACGGCUGGGCAGAUUGCCAGUGAAGCUCAUUUAAUGACCCAGUACGGUCAUGAAGAGUCUACCUUUACCAACAUCGCGACUAUUUGCGCUCUCGAAGCCCAUCAAUCGAAUCAGCUCAAUUUGAUAGCGGUAACGGCGAAAGGGGUACGAAUAUACUUCUCUGUGCUAGCACGGAAUGUGGCGAAUUCCAACCAGCAAGGACAGUACCUAUCCCAAAUGACCUAUAAGAGCCUUUCCCAGCAGGAAGUUCGGCCGCAGUGUCUUCGAGUAGCACAUGUGAGGUUCUCACCAGGUGUAGCUCCAACGUCUAUCUACCGUGACACUCCACAAGGAGUUUCAAUCGCUUAUGCCGACCAAAGCAUUUGUGUGAUGGCAACGGCAAAUCGCCAGCUGAUUUGGGCGCUCUCUGAUCUCUAUCAUCCACAUAAAAAUGUCUAUUGUGAAUCUAUGAAUGAUCUACAAGUCGCUGGUAAUGUAUGGGCUAUAACUCCUGUUUCGGACAAG